GUCAACCUGUCUUAGUUUCUCUCUCUCUAGUUAGCUCCAUCUUGAUUCUUUCUUUUUUUGGGAUCUUACCAUCUUUAAUUCCCAUUUAGACCUGAAACUAGAUGGAGCACAACCAGCAACCAACACAAUUCCAAGAAAUGGAUUCUGGGGAGAAACGACUUAAUGAACUUGGAUAUAAGCAAGAACUCAGAAGAGAAAUGACUCUGUUCAAGACUCUUGCGAUCUCGUUUUCAACAAUGACACUAUUCACUGGGAUAACUCCCUUGUAUGGUUCAAGCCUUCAAUAUGCAGGUCCUGCUAGUCUUGUUUGGGGUUGGGUUGUUGUCUCUUUCUUCACUUGCUUUGUUGGAGUUGCAAUGGCUGAGAUCUGUUCUUCAUUUCCUACUACAGGUUCUCUUUACUUUUGGGCUGCUCAUUUAGCUGGUCCCAAAUGGGGUCCUUUCUCAUCAUGGUGUUGUGCUUGGCUUGAGACCAUAGGGCUUAUUGCUGGCAUAGGUACUCAGGCUUAUGCAGGAUCACAAACACUGCAGAGCAUCAUCUUAUUAAGCACUGGAACUAAUAAAGAUGGUGGAUAUUUUGCUCCAAAAUGGCUCUUCUUAUGCAUGUAUGUGAGCCUUACUUUAAUAUGGGCAGUACUCAACACCUUUGCAUUAGAAGUGAUUGCUUUCAUCGACAUAAUUUCAAUUUGGUGGCAGGUAAUUGGUGGCUUAGUGAUAGUUAUAAUGCUCCCAUUGGUUGCAAUGACUAGAAAAUCUGCAGCAUAUGUAUUCACAAGUUUUGAAAUGGGGGUAGACUCAACAGGAGUAUCAAGCAAACCUUAUGCAGUCAUCCUCUCUUUUCUUGUCAGUCAAUAUUCAUUGUAUGGAUAUGAUGCAGCAGCACAUUUGACUGAAGAAACUAAAGGUGCUGAUAAGAAUGGUCCUAUUUCAAUUCUCUCCAGCAUUGGGAUCAUUGCAGUAUUUGGAUGGGCUUAUAUUUUGGCCCUUACUUUCAGCAUUAAGGAUUUUAGUUACCUCUAUGAUCCAAGCAAUGAAACUGCGGGUGCAUUUGUGCCAGCACAAAUACUGUAUGAUGCAUUCCAUGGGAGGUAUCAUAAUUCUGCUGGAGCAAUUGUAUUACUAUUUGUCAUUUGGGGCUCUUUCUUCUUUGGUGGGCUUUCAAUCACUACCAGUGCAGCCAGAGUUGUAUAUGCUUUAUCAAGAGAUAAAGGGAUCCCUUAUUCAUCAAUAUGGAGACAAGUUCACCCAAAGCGCAAAGUUCCAUCAAAUGCAGUAUGGUUAUGUGCAGCUAUAUGUAUUGUAAUGGGGCUACCAAUCUUGAAAGUAAAUGUAGUAUUUACAGCCAUAACUUCAAUAUGCACCAUUGGAUGGGUGGGUGGGUAUGCAGUUCCAAUAUUUGCAAGAAUGGUAAUGCCAGAGAAGAAUUUCAAACCUGGUCCAUUUUAUUUAGGCAGAGCAAGAAGACCAGUUUGUCUUGUAGCAUUUGUCUGGAUUUGUUACACAUGUUCAGUGUUCCUUUUACCAACAUAUUACCCAAUUACUUGGGAUACAUUUAAUUAUGCACCUGUUGCUUUAGGUGUGGGUUUGUCUUUGGUAAUGGUUUGGUGGUGGGUGGAUGCUAGGAAAUGGUUUAAGGGACCUGUUAGGAACAUUGAAAUUUCUGGUAAUGGAAAGGUUUAAUAUUAACCAUAAACUACAAUAGAGACAUACAUUUAUGAAUUUAUAGACGAAUAUAAAUCCUUCUUCUUUUCUGUA